AUGACCGAACUCGAAAGCACUACAAACCUUGUAGUAUCUCCUGACUGGAGCUUACGAAUUAAUCCUCGUGCGUAUCCCUCGUAUACAACCCACACUCAACACUCGCACUUGUCUCCACAAGCUUCUCAACUUCAACACCAUCAACAGCAGUCUCAAUCACAACAGACCCAACGGCAAUCUACAAGUCCAAAUUCUCCUCAACAAGUGCAUCCAUAUCGCCAUAACCUGCUGCCUCCUUUGUCUGUGCCAACUAAUCCGAAUACUACUCCCACUGCGACCGUCAAUGGAUUAUCAUCCAAUAAUGAUACUAAAAGUAGCACUCCCACAUCAACUUGCAAUUCGCAGAUUGAUGCAUUCAGCAACACUACUGCGAGUAAGAAGAUGAGCACAUCGACUACUCCUGUUACAUCACCCACAAAGAAUCCGCAAGAUUUAGUUGUUGAGACACACAUCCAGGGGAAGCCUCCGUAUUCGUAUGCAACAUUGAUCACAUAUGCUAUUACGAAUAGUCGUAAUAAGCAGCUUACUUUAAACGAGAUCUAUAACUGGGUCAUGGAUAGUUAUCCAUAUUACAAGACAGCCGGAACAGGGUGGAAGAAUUCCAUUCGUCACAAUCUCUCCCUCAACAAGACAUUUGUCAGAGUCCCGCGUCCGAUAAACGAACCUGGUAAAGGAUCUUAUUGGACGGUCGACUUCAGAGCGGCCGAGGCAGAACAACAGCAUCGAUCUCGCAGUCGCAACAACCGCUCUUCGUCGGAUCCUACUCCUUUUCGCCCAGAUACAUGGCCAUACGACACGAGCCGACGCUUCCGAGAACCAAUCACAUCAGUACCUGAUGUAUCUCGUUCUCCAUACUUGGGGGUAGUAAAUGAUUAUAACAAUAUGGCUGCUAACAUGGCUGGUUAUCGACGAUUGACUACGCCCAGAUAUCAUCGUGGUGUCGGUCAAUCGUACCUACCUUCAACCGGAAUAAAUGAUACGACUUUGGCACAAUCGACAAUGCCAUAUACCGCCGGUGCUGGCAUCGGUAAUCUCACUGCAGUUAAUUACGACCUACCAUAUGAUACGAAUUCUAUUCACAGUCAUACUACGUCUCAUGUAGAUACGCACGCAUUUUCUGCUUAUGGAACAAAUCCUAUCUACCAAUCACCCAUUGCAACUACACACGCUGAGGCAGCUAAUGGUGUAUCGCACUCUGGUUUUACUAGUCAUGUCAACCCGAUGCAUUCACCUACUGUUAAUGAAUAUGAUAAUUUCUAUCAUCCACCGUCGUAA